CGGAGGAGGCGGGGGCGGCGGCAGGCGGGGGGCGGGGAGCGGCGCGCGAGAGGGAGGUGAGCGGCGAGACACAGGCUCCGAGGCUCCAGCGAGCGAGCGACGAGUGAGCGACGAGCGAGCCGGGAGGGAGGGAGCGAGCGAGCGAGCAGCCGUGCCGCCGCCUCGCAAUCCGCCGCCAUCCCGCCGCCCCCGCGCCCGACCGCCGCUCGACCGCCAUAGCUCGGCCCGGUGUCGCCCGCGGAACCAGACCAGGCAGAUCGGGGGCGGUGCCUAGAAAAAUUUCCUUACUAGAUGACAUUUCAUCGCAAUGUCCGAUCGUUUGGGGCAAAUAACCAAGGGCAAGGAUGGGAAAAGCAAGUAUUCGACUCUCAGCCUGUUUGAUAAGUAUAAAGGAAAAUCAGUAGACGCGAUCAGAUCCUCAGUUAUUCCUCGACAUGGCUUACAGAGUCUCGGGAAAGUUGCCACAGCCCGGCGCAUGCCACCGCCUGCAAACCUGCCAAGCCUGAAGUCUGAAAACAAAGGAAACGACCCCAACAUCGUUAUAGUACCCAAGGACGGGACGGGAUGGGCAAACAAGCAGGAUCAGCAAGACCCAAAGAGUUCCAGUGCGACGGCCUCUCAGCCGCCGGAGUUGCUGCCGCAGCCGGGUUUGCAGAAAUCUGUCUCCAAUUUACAGAAGCCGACACAGCCGAUCAGUCAGGAGAACACAAAUUCAGUGCCCGGUGGACCAAAGUCAUGGGCACAGCUGAAUGGAAAGCCAGCAGGACACGAAGGUGGUUUAAGGGCCUCAAGCCGACUCUUAUCCUUCUCUCCCGAGGAAUUUCCGACGCUGAAAGCAGCUGGAGGGCAGGACAAGGCUGGCAAAGAAAAGGGCGUCUUAGAUCUGUCGUAUGGGCCAGGACCAAGCCUCCGCCCUCAGAAUGUGACAAGCUGGAGGGAGGGCGGUGGGCGAAACAUAAUUUCUGCCACGUCUCUGAGCGCCUCCCCAACUGAGCUGGGCAGCAGGAACUCGAGUGCAGGAGACGGAGCCCCCUCCUCGGCAUGUACCAGCGAUUCUAAGGACCCCUCUCUCCGCCCGGCUCAGCCUGUUCGCAAAGGGGCUUCGCAGUUCAUGGGAAAUGCAUACCACCCACCUACAUACCAUGACAUGCUUCCUGCUUUUAUGUGUUCGCCACAGUCUUCAGAGAACCAGGGACCAGUGGAACGAGGGUCUUUCCCCCUCCCCCAGCUCCGCCUGGAGCCCCGUGUUCCUUUUAGACAGUUCCAGACGAACGACCAGGACGGGAAAGAGAACAGGCUGGGAAUGACUCGCCCGCCCCGCCCCCUGAGGCAGCUGGUGGAGCGUGCUCCGCGGCCAACCAUCAUCACCGCAGAGAACCUCAAGGGCCUCGAUGACCUGGACACCGACGCGGAUGACGGCUGGGCCGGCCUCCAUGAGGAAGUGGACUAUUCUGAGAAGUUGAAGUUCAGUGAUGAUGAAGAGGAGGAAGACACUGUGAAGGAUGGCAGGCCGCAGUGGAACAGCUGGGACCCCAGGGGCCAGCGGCCAUUGUCCAUGAGUUCUGCGGACAGUGCCGAUGCCAAGCGUACCCAAGAGGAAGGAAAGGACUGGAGUGAAACAGUGGGCAUGGCCCGGGCCAUCCGGAAGGCGCCGGAACCUCAGCCGCCUUCCAGGAAGCCUCACAGCUGGACGCCAGGCCCUGACUACCAGAAGUCCUCUGUGGGUGGCGUGUUUCGGCAACAGUCCAUCGAGGACAAAGAGGACAAGCCACCCCCACGGCAGAAGUUCAUCCAGUCCGAGAUGUCUGAGGCUGUGGAGCGUGCCCGGAAGCGCCGAGAGGAGGAGGAGCGCCGAGCCCGGGAGGAGAGGUUGGCCGCCUGUGCCGCCAAACUCAAACAGCUGGACCAGAAGUGUAAGCAGGCUCAGAAGGCCAGCGAGGUCCAGAAGCAGGUGGAGAAGGAAGUGCCCCGGUCUCCAGGCACCGAGAAGGUGUCCCCACAGGAGAACGGCCCUGCUGUCCGCAAAGGCUCCCCGGAGUUCUCUGCCCAGGAAGCCCCCAGCUCGUUUUCAGAAGAAGCCCCUGCAGCUGUUGCAGCCAUCACUCAGAACGGCAGCAGUGAGGAGGGGGCCCAGGAGGCUGGGUCCCCUGCACAGGAGUUCAGCAAGUUCCAGAAGUCGCUUCCUCCCAGGUUCCAGCGCCAACAGCAGCAGCAGCAGCAACAACAGGAGCAGAUGUACAAGAUGCAGCACUGGCCGCAGGUGUACCCCCCACCCUCCCACCCGCAGCGCACCUUCUAUGCGCACCACCCGCAGAUGCUGGGCUUCGAUCCCAGGUGGAUGAUGAUGCCUUCCUACAUGGACCCGCGGAUCGCGCCCACUCGGACCCCAGUGGACUUCUACCCCUCGGCCCUGCCCCCUUCGGGACUGAUGAAGCCCGUGCUGCCCCACGAGUCCCUUAAUGGGACCGGCUGUCGCUCUGAGGAUCAGAGCCGUGUGCCCCCACUGCAAGAAAGGAAGGUGACUGCCAUCGACCCGGCCCCUGUGUGGAGCCCCGAGGGCUACAUGGCAUUGCAGAGCAAGAGCUACUCGCUUCCCCACCCGAAAUCCAGCGACACGUUGGCCAUGGACAUGCACGUCAGGAGUGAAAGCUCUUUCUCUGCCCCCCCCGGAAGGUCAGGGGGCAUGAGUGCCCAGCGUGGCCUCCUGGAGGAGAGAGUGGAGGAGUACCUGAGUGCUUUUGACAAGAAGGCCCCAGCAGACUUCGACAGCUGUGUCUCUUCUCAGAGAAUAGGCCAGGAGCUUUUGUUUCCAACCCCAGAAAAUGUACACGACGCAGGCGCUCCUGGGGGCCACGCCCCAAACCUUAGGUGCACCCCACUGCAGCCCGACUUUGCCCCGGCUGAGAAAAAGCCAGAGUAUAGCAACUGGGAGGUUAGCCACCAGCCCAAGGCCACUGACGCAGCCGACAGUGUGGAGGAGACGCCCCGGGAGGAGCCGCCCUUUACCGUGUCCUCCUGGGAGGAGGAAGGGAGCCCCCACAAACAGCCGUCCCUGGAGCCUGAGUGGAUCCCAGAGCCCCGGGGCGCGGGCAGCCAGCACCAGGAGCAGACCAGCAGGACCCGGAGGUCCGGGCCCAUCAAGAAGCCCGUGCUAAAAGCCCUCAAGGUGGAAGACAAAGAGAAAGAGGUGGACAAGACUAAGCAGGAGCUGGGGGAGGAGAGUGGCCGCCUGGCCGUCAAGGAGGAGGCGCCGCUCAGUCCCCAGGCUGCAAAGGACGAGGACGAGGAGAACAACCCCACCCUGGCCAACUCCACUCCCUCUGCCCUGGAGGCCCAGGGCUUGGCCCGUGCCCGUCCGGGCUGCCCGGCCAGCAAGUCUGAGGAGGAAGAGAAGCCUGAUGGGGCUUGGGAGCCAGGACCCUCCCGGGAGCCCGGCGAUGCGCCUCCGACGAAGAGGAAUAACUGGAUCUUCAUUGAUGAGGAGCAAGCCUUUGGGGGCCGGGGCCAGGCCCGGAGCCGCGGCCGCGGGUUCCGGGAAUUCACUUUCCGUGGCCGGCCUGCUGGCGGUGGCAGCCCCAGCAUGUGUGGCGGGGGGGUCCUUGGGGCGCGGGGAAUCUACACCAACAGCCAGAGGAGCUGCCGCGGCCGGGGAUUGCGAGAGUUCAGUCAGCCCGAGGACUUCCCCAGAGCCAAGCCCCGGCGCCGCAUCGCCAGCGAGACCCACAGUGAGGGCUCUGAGUAUGAAGAGCUUCCCAAGCGGCGUCGGCAGCGAGGCUCGGAGAAUGGCCCUCCUGAAGGCUCGCCCCUGGACAGGGAGGAGGGCGCAUUGAAGAAGGGUGACUUCAGAGACUCCUGGCGGUCCAACAAGAUGUACUCUGAUGAUCACAGCGGUCCAGAGGCGAAGAGCAGAGGCCCAAGGGCCUUCGGACGAGCCCUCCCUCCCCGGCUGAGCCACUGCAGCUACGGACGGAGAACUUUUGUGUCCAAGGAUUCGACCCACUGGCAGAGCAAGGGUCCCGGCACCUGCUGGCAGGACCAUGGCUCCCCCGACCCCUGCGGCUCCCGGCGACCUAUGGACAGAGAGUGCAUCCCGGAGGCCUGCAGACACUCGGACUCAUUCGGUGGCAGGGCCUUCGAGGACAGCCGCAUUGAGGACAAGAGGGCCUUCUUCCAAGAUGACCAUGUUGCUGAUUCUGAGAACGCAGAGAACCGGCCCUUCAGGAGGAGGCGCCCUCCGCGCCAGGACAAGCCCCCUCGUUUCAGGCGCCUCCGGCAGGAACGGGAGUCCUUGGGCCUGUGGGGCCCUGAGGAGGAGCCCCCAUUGCUGGCGGGUCAGUGGCCAGCCCGGUCGAAGCUCUGUCCUGGGGACAAGAACGGGGCCGUGGGCCGCAGGUCACCUGAGCUCUCCUGCCAGAACUCCUCUGAUCACGCCAACGAAGAGUGGGAGACGGCCUCCGAGAGCAGUGACUUCAGUGAGCGGCGCGAGCGGCGUGAGGGCCCCGGGGCUGAGCCCAGCCCCCAGGUAGAUGGCAGCCUGCCCGGGGCCAGUCUGGGGGAGAAGAAGGAGCUGGCCAAGAGGAGCUUCUCCAGUCAGAGACCGCUGGUGGACAGGCAGAGCCGGAAGCUGGAGCCGGGAGGGUUUGGGGAGAAAUCCGCUAGGCCAGGUGGCAGUGACGCUUCUCCCCGUUACGAGAGCCAGCAGAACGGGAUGCCGCUGAAAGCCAAAAGGUCCCCGGAUGAGGCCUUGCCGGGAGGUCUGGGCUGCACCAGUGGGAGCGCCCACUACACCCUGGAGCGUACUGCCCAUGCCACCUCUGAUAUCCCUGAAGCUGCUUGUGAGAAGGCAGAGAAGGAGGCCCAGCUGGCCGUGCAGAGGGUGGACGAGCACGGUGAGGCCAUGAAGCAGUUUGACCUGAACUAUGGAAACUCCAUCAUUGAGAAUUGUGGGUCUAGCCCUGGGGAGGAGCCUGAGGUGAGCUCCAUGGUGGGCGAAGGCUUCAUCGAAGUCCUGACCAAGAAGCAGCGCCGCCUGCUGGAGGAAGAGAGGAGAAAGAAGGAACAAGCUGUGCAGGUGCCCGUCAAAGGUCGGGGUCUUUCCUCCCGAAUUCCUCCUCGGUUUGCGAAGAAGCAGAACAGCCUGUGCCUGGAGCAGGGCGACACUCCUGUGCCGGGCAGCAGCCUGGGCACUGAGAUCUGGGAGAGUGGCAGCCCCGCCAUCCCUGUGCAGGCCUCGACCAGCGACUCCUGGACUAAAGCCGCCACUGCCUUCAACAGCACCGAGUCUGGCUCCACUGAGGGUUUUAAGAGCAGCCAGGGAGAUAGUGGCGUGGAUUUGAGCGCCGAGUCUCGAGAGUCAUCUGCGACCUCCUCACAGCGCAGUUCCCCAUAUGGCACUCUGAAACCGGAGGACAUGAGCGGGUCCGGCCUGGAGCCCAAGGCUGACAGCCACAAGGAGCAGGCACAGAAGCAGCCUGAGCCAAAGGACUCGGAACAAGGCUCAGGACAGAGUAAGGAGCAUAGACCUGGCCCCAUCGGCAACGAGCGCUCCCUGAAGCACAGGAAGGGUUCGGAGGGGGCCGAGCGGCUUCCAGGGGCUGUCGUCCCGCCUGUGAAUGGGGUGGACAUCCACGUGGACUCCGUGCUCCCAGUGCCACCCAUCGAGUUCGGAGUCAGUCCAAAAGACUCCGAUUUCAGCUUGCCGCCAGGUUCUGCCUCUGGUCCCGCAGGGAAUCCAGUGGUCAAGCUUCAAGACGCCUUGGCCAGUAACGCUGGGUUGACCCAGAGUAUCCCCAUCCUCCGUCGAGAUCAUCACAUCCCGAGGGCAAUCGGCCUCUCCCAGAUGUCCUUCCCCACUGCCGACCUCACUCUGAAGAUGGAGUCAGCACGAAAAGCAUGGGAAAACUCGCCCAGUUUGCCAGAGCAGAGCUCUCCAGGAGGCGCUGGCUCAGGCCUCCAGCCCCCAUCCUCCGUGGGGGCCUCCGGCGGAGUCAACUACAGCUCCUUCGGCGGGGUUUCCAUGCCACCCAUGCCAGUGGCCUCUGUCGCCCCUUCUGCUUCUCUUCCAGGUAACCACCUGCCACCUCUCUACCUGGACGGCCAUGUGUUUGCAAGUCAGCCCCGACUGGUUCCUCAAACGAUACCUCAGCAGCAGAGUUACCAACAGGCCGCCGCCCAGCAGAUCCCGAUUUCCCUCCACACGUCUCUGCAGGCCCCGGCGCAGCUGGGCCUGAGGGGCGGGCUCCCUGUCUCCCAGUCACAGGAGAUCUUCAGCUCCUUGCAGCCCUUCAGAUCUCAGGUGUACAUGCACCCCAGCCUGUCACCUCCCAGCACCAUGAUCCUCUCUGGAGGCACGGCCUUGAAGCCUCCGUACUCGGCGUUCCCCGGCAUGCAGCCCUUGGAGAUGGUGAAGCCCCAGUCUGGCUCGCCCUACCAGCCCCUGAGCGGAAGCCAAGCCCUGGUCUAUGAGAGCCAGCUCGGCCAGGCUGCCAGUCUUGGCGCCUCCCAGAUGCUGGACUCCCAGCUCCCCCAGCUGACGAUGCCGCUGCCUGGCUCCCAGCUGCCCCUGCCUCGGUAUGGCUCCGGGCAGCAGCCCCUGAUCCUGCCGCCAUCCAUCCAGCUGCCACAGGGGCAGAGCCUGUCUGUCGGGGGCCCCCGCAGGCUGCUGCCACCCGGCUCCCAGCCUUCGGUCCUUAACACCAGCAGAGAGUCCUCUCAGAUGGAGAUGAAGGGCUUCCACUUUGCCGACAGUAAACAGAAUGUCCCUCCAGGAGGCUCCGUGACCUCAGCACAGACCUACAGGCCUAGCUCUGCUAGCCCCAGUGGGAAGCCCUCUGGAUCAGCAGUUAACAUGGGCUCUGUGCAGGGACACUGCGCUCACCAGGCAAAACCACGAGUGGAUGAAAAACCCAGCCUGGGAGCCGUGAAGCUGCAGGAGGCCCCCUUGGCCGCCUCCCAGAUGAAGCGAACCGGAGCCAUCAAGCCUCGGGCAGUGAAAGUGGAGGAGAGCAAGGCCUGAGGACGGUGCCGCCACUCGGCCUCCCAGGGCAGGGUGCUCUCCAGGCUCAGCAGCCUCUCGUCUGGUCACUGGCUCGGUGGAGCUCUGUCCCUUCUCCUCUGCACUCCCGAGAGCUCUGACGUCCACCCAGCUUGCUCUGUGGCUACGUGGCGUUGACCUGCUUGCUUUAAUACACACCAACAGCAAACGACCCCUGUCCUGCCUCCUUCCCACCCCAGCCGUGCCCACUGGCGCCUCGGCCGGUGCAGGCUCGCCCGCCUCGGGCCUGCUCCUCGCUGGGUGUUUUUGCUCAGUGCUGCCUUCUGUCCCGCCCCUAGCACGGCGGCGUGGCAGCGGGGUCCUUUAGUUUGGAGGGUUUUGUUUUGAAAAGCAGUUAAGGUUUCCACAAAGGAGAAGGGAAAAUGAAACGCAAGCUAUUCUUGGUAGCUGAACUUUCCUAAGUUCUUCGUCAGCCUCUCUCUGACCUCGUCUCAUACUCUAGUAGCUUCGUUAACCUCCCUCCUGUUAAAGUUGGUACCUCAACCUCAAGAGACGGCCUGUGUGCCCCCUCCUCUCUCUCUCUCGGUCGGUUAACCCGUGAGGGGGUUUGCAAAAGAAGCGGGGUCACGUAGUCCCCAUCACAAACACCCUCGUGUCCAACUGUGUGCUUCGGAAGUGGUGGAUUCUGGCCCCAGCCUGGUGACCACAGGGAGCUUAUGGGCAGCCCAGUGAGGUUGAUGGCAUUUUCAGCAUAAGAAUUAGACAGAAUUUCUGUCCCGGACUUGCUGAUGCCCUCGGGUAUGCUGACCGCUGGCCCCAAGGUGACUCACCGAAGCAGGGAGUCAUGGCGUUUUCUAGUUGGGCCUGAUGUGUGAGCGACAGCACCAGGCCCCCAAGGCGUCUCUGCUCCUGGGGCUCCGGCCCCUGCAGGGGCUGCUCCUGCACACACACCACCCCCCGGGCGCCCUCCGUAGUGUGCCCUCCUCUCUUCUUCCUCACCCCACCUCUUCCUCAGCCGAACGCCCCUGUCCCUCUGCCUCACACAGCUUUUGAUGGGAAACCGUGAGGUCCCCCAGGACGGUCGCGUGUUGGGGCCCGCGGGCUGCAAGGCUGCUUGGGGCGUCCGAUCGUCCUCUUCGCUCCAGCUGAGUGGAGCAGCAGGCCGGGCAGGGCCGAGGGGGAGGCCAUGUCACAGUGUGACCAGGGUUCCAGGAUGGCCGGGGCAGCUUCUAGCAGGAUGAUCGCUUGAGCCAUUUCAUGCUGAGUUUUUGUUGUUUUCAGAAGAACUAGACUCACCCAGAAUUCUGUCAUUCCAAGGAAAGGGAAGGGGAAAGUUCAAGUUUCACACACGCCCUUCCAAGGAACUAAUUGGCCAUUUACUGAAAGGGGUUGCUGCCGCUAGUUCCAUAGAACCUGGCCCCGAGGACUGGUGGGUGGGGAUGUUCACUGUCUGUCACCACAGGUGUGUGACAGAUGAUCAGACUGAGUUUCUAAGCUCUGCAUCCAUUGCAGACCACGGGGCAUGAGACGCCAUGAGCAGUGCUGGGGGAACUCAGACUGUGUGGCUCAUGCUUUAAGGGUGUGGGGGGGCGCAGCCUCCUGGCGGAGUCCCCGGGCACCCCCCACGCAGCAUCUGGAGAAAGGGCCAGUUUCUUGGAAGACGCUUUAAUGCUCAGCCUGUAGCUUUCAGCGCCCCCUUUCGCUGCCAUUCUCCGACCUUCUUACUGGCUUCUUUCUUUUCUUUUCAUCCCUACAUCUGUACUCUGACCUCCCUUCUCAGGCUGCCCACUUGACAGAGUGGCCUGCGCUUGCCUGCCCCUGGAGCCCAUCUGCUGUGCCCCUUCCCCGCAGGUGGGUGGCUGGCGCCCGCGGCCCAGCCUGCAGGAGACCCACAGGCCCCGCUGGCUGUGCUCCAGGACACCCCGCCAGGCCCCUCAUGCUCGAUUCUGGUGCCCACUGUUUGCCCACAGGAAAAAAGGUUUUCUCGUUUUGAAAUUCCACAGAACAGUCUUGAAUGCUGUUAAAACUCAAACUGUUCCCUUCAGGUGAUCCUGCCAUCAGAGUGGCAGUACUUCUGUUUGAGAAAAAGUGAACACAAAGGUGUCACCUGUUCUCCAGCCCUUUCCUCCACCCCUGUAUUUUCUCCCCCAUCCCAAUAAAAACAGGAAACACUAGACUUUAUUUAUAUGUAUUGAUGUUGUAGGUCUAGGUGAAGAAAAAGUAAAUGUUUCACUGCUCUAUUUAUAUAUAAUGUCUGAACUGUUCUGUGCAGGAGAGGCCAGGAACUUGCAUGUGACGUUCAGUGCUGUCGCCGACUCCGUGCCUCCACGCGCAGCCUCUUCCCACGGAGACCCAGGUCUCCGGUGGGACAUGGGGCGGAGGGGGGGCCGCGGACCUGCCCGGCACUCCGUCCCUUCCUUGGUCUGAUUAAGUGCAGUUUUUAGUGCAGAAAUGUUUUAAGGUGCAAUCUCUUCCUUUCGCGUGGUUUUAGAGCCAAGCUCAAGGUAGUAGGACUCUGGGUCUUAUUUUGGUUUCCCGCACCCCCUCUUCAGAGCGCAAAGCCACGCAGAGGCCUCCGCCAGGAUGUCCUGGGGCCUCUGGCGGGAACGGGUGGAAAACAGAACUUAACCUUCGCCGCUGUUGAGAUGGGGGUGGUGUCAGCCUGCGCACACACCUUUACCUGCCCACGUCACCCUCCCUUCUGACGCUGGCAGCUUCGCCCUGGCCACCGACUGUGCAGCCACUGCGUCGCAGCCGCAGUGUGUCUGGCGUCAUCUGCUCAGUGGAGUGAAGUCCCAGAGUGGGGGGGUUCCCGAGAGGCAUCGCCCACCCACUGAAGAUCUCUCUGCUAGCUCUGUUUGGUUUGGUUUCCUUCACUGUUGCUUCCCCUUUUCGUCCACAUUACUGUUUUCAGACUUGGAACUUAUACACUAACGGCUCUAGGUUCCUUACGGAGGAAAACAGGAUGACUUACACAUUCAGAAAAACCUGUUUGUCCAAUCCCAAAGCUGCGGUCAUUCCAGCCACUUCUAGGAAUACUGGGGUAUGUUGUUCAACAUUGGCAUCCGUUCUCUCCAGCGAUGCCCUCGCCUCCUGUCUUCUGGAUCUGCCUCCCGGAUGGUUGGUGGGGCUUGUGACUGAUGCUCAGAGCCAAGGAGGCUGAGGGUGUGCACGGCCGUGGUCAGAGCUGGUCCAUCAUCGUGUGGCAGACUGGUACAGCCCCUCCCUGCCGGUCGGUUUCCCUCCUCCAAGUAGUUGCACGUUGCCUCUCACCUGCCCUCGUCCCUCUCCACCUGCAGAGCAAGCCUGGGUUAGCAGGUCUGCGGAACUGGCCUUCGACGCCCAAGGGUGCUGCUGCAGUGUUUGUGCUUUGUCGUGGUCUGUGAUGAAUGGGAACGCGGAUUUCAGAAAGCCAGCCCUUCCUGUUUGAAAAUGUGAGACGGAACUAAGACAAAUAGGUCACCCAGGACAGAAACGACUCGGUGUUGGGGUCAGACCCCUUCUGUCCUCGGCCAUGUUCACCACCCGGACCACCAGUGCAUAUGUGGCUGGUCAUCUUCCAGGCGCGACCGGCCUGCUGUCACCGUCCUCUGCCUGGGCUGGGUGGCCUCCACACGGCAGCGGGGUCCCGGGGCCCCGCCUGCAGCUUGUUACAAAGCCUCCAAGGGGACGUGUCUACAAGGCUCUAUGUGGAUGACCCUUCCCCACUGUUUAAAGGGGACACGCACUGUAAGCUUUGACCUCAUGCCUUGCAUAGUAAAGAGAGUUUGGGGUUUUUUUGAGAAGGUUGGUUCUGUUUCCUUCUGUUUUUUAUUUUGGCCUUUCCUCUCUUUGUCUUUUCAUGUAGACCAGAUAUUUGAAAGGGCAGACGAUGGCUAAAGGUGUAAUGUGCAGCUUGUUUAUACAUUAUUUCUGGGGCGCUUGUACCUUGGAUGGGAAAUGGAAUAUCGGGUUCACCAGGCCCUGGGGCCACACUUACCCCUUCGCCCUUUCCCUCCGGUUCAAUACCUAUUGUUUCUCCUUUCAAAUAUGUGAUUGUACUAACUCUUUCCAUAUGAAAGAAUUCUCCUUAUUUAAAUAAAAAAAAGUUUAAAAAAAGAAA